AUGGGUGAGGAAUGUCCUUCGUUACCGUCCGAUGUUAGUGAUCGCUGGAUGCGGCGGUGUGGCGUGCGGGAAAUAGUCGAUCAUCUCAUCAUGGACCUCGUCACUGCGCACCCGGAGGAUGUCAUGGGGUUUAUUCAUGAGUGGAGCGCGCCCCGGCGGACAGGUGGGCCCAUGCACACCGGCACCUCUUGCCCUGACGGUGCGCAGCGAGAAGAAGCGGUAUCGAGUGAGCGGAGGCAGAGCCAUUUUUCUGAAGAGCUGGCAAGUUUUGAAGAAGACAAGGGCUGCGUCGAGGAUGAGAAUAAGGACGCCGGUGCGAGGUUAGUCCGUGCAACAGAACCGACGGUGCAGGAGCUAAGUUCGAUUUACCCCGAUGCAAGAGGGUCUCCUUUUACCCCUCUGCUGAGUGAGGAGGAGUUAGAAGCCUACUUUCGCCACAGCUGUCCUGUUUCUUUGGGCAAAAGCAGCUUGGGCAUAUGUCUUGGUCGUGGCAACUAUGGUUUUGUGAUUCCCGCCAUAGUUAAAUCUGAGGCGAAGGAGGGGGCGGAUCAAAAAGAUGAAAACGAAUAUCAGAGCGAUACAAACGCCCUCACUGGUGUAGGAAAUGGUCGCCUGGUCGCUAUAAAGGUUAGUCGUAUACAGGCGGUUUGGUCACUGGACGAGGCUGAAUCCCUGCGCCGCGUGACGGUAUGUCGACAGUCCUUGGAAGACGAGGUGCAAAUGCUGCAAAAGGAACUAGAUGCGCUUCGUGACGCCGAGGCAAAUGAUGCCCUGCAGUCCCAACAGGAAGAGCAGCAGGCGGCACACCCAGGAUGCAAUGUUUCAAUGAGCCUUCUUGAGUCCCGCCUGCAUGCUCAAAGUUUCUUGUUGCAAGGGGCUCGACUUGUGACCAGUCUUGUUGGGGAUAUCAUGUACGAUGUUAGGAGGGAUGCUUUUUGGUUUCCGCUCGAAUUCUAUCCCUCUUCACUGAGGGAAUGUAUCCAGGCUCGUAGCAAACUGUGCACCGGCUCCCCCCCGUCCGGCUCUUCGUUCCCCGACAUUUCCUUAAACGACUUGGGUGAGACGGUCAUGGCGUUGCUUUUUUCCGUGCAGGAAAUUCAGCACGUGGCACGAAGCCUCUGCUGUGCGUUACAGUUUCUUAAUGUCUCCUGUUCUCUUUGUCAUCUGGACGUAAAGGUCGAUAACAUCCUUCUUUCCACCCCGUGGGUCCCCGGUGAGCCGGAGUUGGGCAAGGCCAAUUCACCGCCUGCGGGGGAGUUAUCUGGCGCCCAAAGCAAUACCGCAGUGCCAACGCUGCCCCAAGUUGUGUUAGGCGACCUUGGACUUGCACAGCCCCUUGAUGCCCCCAUCAUGC